AUGCCAGAUAAAAAUGAGAUUAAAGGAUUAAAACACUCAUUAUUGCCCUCUCAAGCACCUAUAGCGUACAUCUUACACGUACAUGCUUAUUAUUUAACGGAGGCUCUUUUACGAAAAUAUUUCCCUAUAGGAAACAUAAUAAUCACAUGGGAAGAUGACCAUAGAGCGUAUUUAACGUUUGAUUCUUCCGAGCAAGCUCAAUCGGCCUACUUAAAUUACUUGUGUCUUGGUAGUCAAUUUAACGCAGUUGUAAAGCCAGUUUACCUUUCUCACGAUGAAAUACUUCGGCUAUGUAGUAGGAAAAGAAUUCAUAUCGACAUGGAUGUUGCUGAAAGGUUGGUUCAACGUUAA